CGGCCACUCUGUUGCCAGUCUCCCUGAGCCCCUUCGCUGGGACCGCGGGGUCCCGCCUCCCACCGGUGUGGGCCGAGUGCGGCGCGUGGCGCUGGGCGGGCUCCCGCUUCUUAGCCCUGGGGCCUCGCGGGGCCCGCGAGUGCCCAUAAGGAGCACCAGGCAAUAAUGAAGGUUCUUUUACUGAAAGAUGCAAAGGAAGAUGAUUGUGGCCAGGAUCCAUACAUCAGGGAAUUAGCAUUGUAUGGACUUGAAGCCACAUUGAUCCCUGUUUUAUCCUUUGAGUUUUUAUCUCUUCCAAGUUUUUCUGAGAAGCUGUCUCAUCCAGAAUGUUACGGGGGACUCAUUUUUACCAGCCCCAGAGCAGUGGAAGCAAUGGAAUUAUGUUUGAAGAAAGACAAUAAAACUGAAGUCUGGGAAAAGUCUCUGAAAGAAACAUGGAAUGCCAAGUCAGUGUAUGUGGUUGGAAAUGCUACCGCUUCUCUGGUCAGUAAAAUUGGCCUGGAUGUAGAAGGAGAAAACUGUGGAAAUGCAGAAAAGCUGGCUGAAUAUAUUUGUUCCAGUCCUCUAUUCUAAUGGAAAAGCAAUUAUCACAAGUUAAAUGGUAAAGUCUGGAGGACAGUUAUAACUUGAAAAAGAAAGAAGAGGGAGAGUCAAAAGCAUUACAGUCAGGUACGAUGGCACACACCUGUAAUCCUAGCAGCUUGAGAGCCUGAGUCAGGAGGAUCAACAAGUUCAAAGCCAGCCUCAGAACUUAGUGAAGCCCUAAGCAACUUAGUGAGACUCUGUCUCAAAAUAAAAAGGGCUGGAAAUGUGGCUCAGUGGUUACUCACCCCUGGGUUCAAUCCCGGUGCACUGCAGUUCAUGUGGAAUGUCCUCCUGGACUUGUAAAGACCUUGUAGCCAGGCAGGCUUGCUGGGCUCUUCUUCCAUGCCCUCAACUGAUCUCUGUAUCCCAAUUAUCUGUGAUCCAGGGCCCAGUGAUUGCACUCUCUUGGAGACCUGGAGAUGAUCUUAGUUUUACAGACAGGCACAUUUUCUCCAGUGAGAUGACAUUAUUAAAAAAAACCAUCACCUUUUGUUUGCUACCUUCAGCUUCAUAACACUCUCCUAAGUUUGCAGCAUUGUUGCCCUUCAGCCCUGAUAACCCAGAAUGCCAGGCCUCCUUCCUGUGAGAGGAAGGGAGGGCAGACUUUGGACUGUAUCAGUCACCAUUCUGUGCUGGCAUUCGCUAUUGUGUUGGUCUCUUCAGAUUGGAAACCAGCAGUUUACUAUUGCAUUGCCCUGUUUAGGUUGAAGGCAAGUCCACAGGCCUUAAGCUUUUCCCAAAAAAGAAUGGAUGGUCUUUGACUCCUCAAGGGAAACUAGCUCAGGAGAUUUAACUGCAGCAGAUGGCCCCUCCACAACAAAGAGUUUCCCCAGGACGUACUCAGGUCUUUCUAUCAUGUCAGUAGGGCCAGGCCUUUACAGUGAAGCCAGCUGAGCUGAUUGGACCUGUGGGAGCCCUGAGUGCCUGCAAGCCAGACUCUGGGCCAGACACCUCUAGUGAUGUGAGAGAGAUAAGCACUCACCUCAGGAAUCCCUGCAGCCCAGCCUCCUGAGUGCCAUGGAGGGACUUCCAGCCAUCUAGGAAUCAGAGGAUAAGAAUGAGCAACUCAGUGCUCCAGUGGGCCCUUGGAGGAAAUAUGGCAGUGGGGAGAUUCUUGAAUCUUCUGAAGGUCCCUUGCAUGCCUUUGGGGCUAGGCUUGCUGGAAAGUUAGACUUCGUGUUUUGCUGCUGGAUUCCCACUGCUGCCCCAUGGAGAGCCGUAACCCCCAGCAUCCUGCACCCGCUGUCCCACCACACAUAGACAGGGAGGAAUGCCUGGGCCCAGGUUAAGAAAACAGCUCCUGAACAUGGCAUCUAUGUGUGGGAAACAUUUCUUCACACUGGAAAAGAGAACUCAGCAGGCAUCUGUGGUCAAUACUUAACAAUUUCCUGAUUCUUUUAUGUUGGAACUGAUAUUUACAGAGUAUUAUAGAUGAAGAAAACAUCCAGCAGUAGGAAGCUGUUAUACAUACUGACUUAGAGUAACAUACAUGUUCUAGUUGCUUAGCUGCUGCUUCAUGGAGAUGCUGCUGGGUGGGGAGAACUUAUUUUGCUCUACUCACCAAAAAACAUGUGUUCAGGGAGACCCUAAGGAUAUAGAAAAAAUAUGUAAUGUCUGUGCAUGACCAACACCCAUUAAAAUUUCUUGCAUCUGGUAGACAGAUGUGG